UCCUGUGAAAUUUCCUGUACGAUCCGUUCUCCGUCCAACAUUCUGAACGGUUCCAGUCGAGCUUCACGGUUUUCCUCCCCAGUCCAGACACAAUGCGCUUCUCUACGUCCACCAUCGUCCUGGCAUUGCCUCUGUUGGCAGCUGCCGAAAGUCCCCUCGAUCAGUACAAGGCCAAGUUUCAAAACUUCCUCGGAAGCUUUGCUGGUACUGCUGGUGGCGCUGCCGUUCCCCAGGCCGACGAGGUUCCUCAGCAGAAACCCAUUGUUUCCGACACCGAGUCUGCCACCAGCAGCUCAGUAGAGCCCAAGCACAUUGAGCGCCUCACGCUCGCGAACUGGAAGGAUACCUUGUACGCACCCGUCCAGCCCGAGGCCACUACCCCCGAGGAGUGGUGGGUUUUGGUUACUGGUGGUAACAAGACGUGCUUUGGCCGCUGCGGACCCGUCGAAAAGGCCUUUGGCGAGACGGUGGAGAAGUUCUCGACUAUCCCCAACUCUCCCCAUGUAGCCGUUCUGGAUUGUGAAGAGGAGCCUGUCCUCUGCAAUGUCUGGUCCGCUGGCGCUUCGUCCCUCUGGGUCUUCGAUAUGCUCCCCCCGCCCGCCGCCGUCGAUGUUUACUGGAAGCGCCUAAACUUCACCACCAUCACGGCGGCCGAUCUGCUCGAGACAUUCGAUAAGGAAACCACGGAGGGCAAGGAGGCCGCCGGCUUUCAACUCGUCGAAGGCGCGCUCCACCCCUUCGAUGGUACCCUUGCCCGGUAUAACCUGGCCGUCCCCAUUGCUUACGCCCUCCACUACUUGAGCAUCAUCCCCUCGUGGGCCAUGAUGCUCUUUGUAUCCUUCUUCAGCAGGACGAUGAUGAACCGCAGCGUGGGUGGCGCGCAGAACCGCCGUGCGAACCCUGCUCGUGGUGCCGCUCCCGGUGAUGGCCGUUCUUAGUUGAGACUGUUUAAACUCGUCGUUAAAGUGCUGUGCUCUACACGUAUCGUUGUCGCUCUUUUGACGGAUAUGAAGGAAAUGGCCUUCCAUGGCGUGGUUACACAGCCCAAGGGUGUCUUUCCAAAAUUUAUCCAAGUCUCACAGAUUAUGGACCUUUG